AUGUCCGGCAAAUUUUUUUUCUGUGUCUUGUUUCUUUGGCUUGUUUUGAAUGCUGUUUUUGCAGUUCCAAAUAAAAAGAACCUUUAUUGUGCCGUGUGUGGCAAAUGCUGCAAACAAAAUUUAAAUACUACAAGAAAUAGCCUUCCACAAGGCGCUCUUCUGGAGAGUUGCUUCGGUGUUUCGUGCGAAGAGACAGGGAUAUUAUGUUCUACUUGUCGAAGAGCUUUGUAUAUAUACAGAACCACAGGAAAAACGUCCUUUCAGGUAAUUUUUUUACAACUUUUAAUAAGCCAAGUGGCAUGUAAAAUUUUACAAUUUUUAAUAAGCCAAGUGGCAAGUAAAACUCAAAUUAUACUAAAAAGCACAGUGCCCAAUUUGUUUUGGUUUUAUUAAUAUGCUAGUUGGAUAAAUCAAAUAAAAAAGAUAAAGCAGGAAGACCAAAGAAAAAACAUCGAACUGUCCCAGCUAGAAUUUCGUCGGACAACAAUAAUGAGGGAUGGGUGGCAGAAGACACAUGCUUUGGAGUGUUACAGAGAGGGGCCAAUGGAGAAGUGCUUAUGCCAGCAGAAAUGUAUGAUGAUAUUCAGAUGCAGUUCAACUCCAUGUCCGGAAGUAUGUACAUACUGUACUGUACAUUACAUUACAUGCACAAAAUGUAAACGUACUGUAACAAUACUCCAUGAGUAGGGAGGGGGUACUUGCCCUAGCUGGACUACAUGCAUGUUAUAGCAACUCAUGUUGUGAGCUCCUUGAGUGAAGGCUUUACAAAUUGUGGUCAAACCCCCUCCCCCCACCAAUGAUAUUAUGAUGUUGUUGUAGAGGCCCCAGUGAAACACUUGCCCUGGUCUACCAAAAUCUUGCCAUUAUCCUGGUUAACCCAUUAAGAGCCAGCGCUCUCCCCUUGACGAGUAAAAUCAUCUGGGGUUAGACAGAGUAACAUAAUAAAGUAGGGCGCAUCUGGGCGCAAUGCGACUCAAUGGCUUAACUAGACACAUAGGCAGAUAGGCUAGUUAACCCACUAAGCACCAGAGCUCUCCCCUUCAUGAGCAAAAUCGUCUGGCAUUAGACAGAGUAAAUAAUAAAGUAGGGUGCAUCAGGGCACAAUGCAACUCAAUAGGUUAAGUAAACAUAACAUUACAAAUAAACAAGAAAUGACAUAGUCAAUUAAUGCUUUUCUUGCAGGAUGUGAUCUCAAAUUGGAGCUAGAGAAAUUAAAACAGAGAAUAUAUGAGAAUUUUGUUCUUGGAAACCAACCAGCAAUAUAUCAACCAAAUGAAUUCAUUGAAUUUUGUCGCCAGGCGGGUGCUCCAAAUAUAUUUGAACACAUCUUGCAAGCAGUUUCAGACGAUCGUCAUUCCCACAGGCGUCAGGAUCUCAACCGAGUACGAACAGUGUCGAUAAUUUACACUAUGUGUUACUGUCGCAGCCAGAUGUGUAAUGUUAUGCAAGUAGAUAAUGCACUCUAUCUGAACUCCAACAGGAUGACUCAAGAAGGCAUAGAUACACAAUAUCGGAUGGGACAUACAUGCAGCCGUAAAACAUCUAAUAUAAUCCGCAGCCAACUGUCACAAAAUCACGAGGAAAGUCUGAAAAGUUUUUUCAACCAAGCAAUCCAAAAUGAAUGGGUUUUGGUACUUAUAAUCGAUGACUUCACUAAAAUUCACACCUAUCGAAGACCAGCCAUUCUGAGAACUUGCAAUCCCAUGAGCAUGUGUACAAUUGUAGUAAAGGCAUUCAAGCAAUUGAGAGCAAUAAAGGUACCAUCAAAUAUUUCCAGAAUCCAUUGCCCAGAUGGUGUUGACAUAAGGGCUUGUGUAGAUGCUAUAACCUCCCCUGAACAGUUAGCACUGUUAAGCAAUAGCUAUGCCUCAACUAUGCCAAAUUGGUUGACCACGCGGUUUUUUACACCGGAUCUUGAAAGACACAUUCUCGAAGAACAUGGCUAUGGUGACGAGUCUGGAGUUCGAAUGAUGAGAACAAUGGAUGAUUUGCAUCUAAUUGACUUUGUCGAGUUACAGUUGAUCAAAGGAUGGUUUUCCCCAAGCAUAUGAUACAGUUGUGGCAUCAGGUUUAGCAGAUUAUUUGAAGAAGUUUGUUGUAAUUCAGCCUGGUGACUGGCCAUGCCAAUUUUAUUGCAGACAACUGAUAUAUGAAUCUCUCACCCAGUAUCAGCAAUCAAGUGCAGCAUCUCAACAGGAGCAUCAGUCGUCCUCUAAUACUGUGGAAAAUUGCAACUCCAGAAGUGAUCAAAUCCCUGCCAUA